AUGGGCGGCCAGAUGUACAAUCUUUUCGGCAAGCAGGUUGCUUCGCAAUACCUCGCCAUGGGCGUCCUCGCCUCUCUUUUCGGCGGUGUCGCCGUCGCCACCUCCGGCGGCAGCGCUGCUAAGCCCACCACCCCCGGUGCUACCCCUCCAAUCAAUGCCUCCAGCUCCGACGAGGCCGACUUCAUCAAGAAGUUCCUCGAGCAGGAGGGCUCCGCCGAGAAGAAGCACUAA